AUGGAUGACUUCCACCGGGAUCUCGGCAAGGAGGGGGCAGAGGGAGACCCUGAGGCUAAUAGGGAGUCGGUAGUGGACAAUUUCGAUGACAUGGGACUAUGUGAGGACCUACUACGAGGAAUCCUUACCUAUGGCAUUGAGAAACCAUUUCCUCUUCACCAGCAAGCCAUUUUGCCUUGCUGUCAAGGACGUGACGCAAGUCUGCAGGUUCAGGCCGGUACACAGGCCGCCACGACAGUCGCCAUCGUCACCCUUCAACAACUGGCCACGAAGACGGGAGGUGCCGGGGCUAAGAGCUGUCAGGCACUGGUCCUGACUAAGUCUCGGGAAACGGCACAGCAGGUAAGUCUACAAUGGCUUAACCUGUCUCCAAACUGGAACGGCGGAUGA